CGGCCACUUGCCGUCGGGAUGACGUCAUUCGAGAGGGUCAGCCUAUUGCUUCUCACACCCGCGCGAGACCUGAGGGGCGGAGGGAUCCAGCGAGGUCCAGCUCGAGACGUCGUCGCACUUCGUCAGGGGGUAGAGGCUGCUCGAGCUGACGUUGCAGAGGGCUCGGGAUCUUCUUCUGAGGGUGCUCAUGCUGCACCGGUAGGAGAGGCUACCUCGGUUUUCAGAGGUGGUGGGAUGUACGAGGUUGGCUCGUCAUCGCAGCAGCCUCCGCGGCCUCAACCUCAGGUUGAUCCUGGCUGGAGUGGUCCUAUAUUGAGUCUUCCUCCUCCUACGGAGACUGGAGCUGGAGCUGGUGGAGAGGUGACUCCUCGUACGGUGCAAUUUUAUGACAUGAUGGGCCUACGUAUGGGAACUUGA